AAAAACCCCAUUUAUCUUUUAUUUUUAUAUAUUUGCAAGUUUGCAUAAUAAAAGACUUAUACUAGUCGACAAUUUUUCCUUCAUGAAUUUAUGAUAAAAUCUGAAGCUAAGAUGUAUCUUCAAUUUUACAUAAAUGAAAAUGGUGACAAAGUUUACACCACCAAGAAAGAAUCACCUACUGGAUUAGCCACACAGUCUGCUCAUCCUGCUCGGUUUUCACCGGAUGAUAAGUUCUCAAGGCAAAGGGUUCUCUUGAAGAAGCGUUUCGGCUUGCUGCCAACCCAACAUCCACCCCGCAAGUACUGAGCAGUUCUGCUUUCUUGGAUGCCGCUUAUUGUGUGUGUAGGCUUGGGUAUUCCAAAUAGUUUAGAGGGUACUAGCUAGUGUUGUUGAACUGUGGCCUAUUCUAAACAUGGAUGGUUUGUUUUCAUUAGUUUUAAGCCGCCUAGUGUUCAUUUGUAGGGUGCAACUUUUGUUGAUGUGACUAUGUAUGUAAACAUGAUAUGAAUUAGUAUUAAUUGCAGUUCUGAAGUUUGCUUUAAA